AACGACUGGAAAGUAUUGGGCGAGCUUCCGCUACGCAGGUGACUUGUUGUUUUUUACGGAGAUAUCUCUUCGAUAAGUUGGAUUAGACCAUAGGUCCAUGAUUAGACUAUCAGUUUGACAAUUGACAGUUCAUUGUGAUGAGCAGAGACAGUGUAUGGACGCAAUUCGGAUAUCUACAUUUCUUGUGCUCUUGAAAUCGAACGUUUUUACAUUGGAUUAGCCAUUGGUUCAGAUUGGGAUGGAUUCUUGGUCGCUGAACCUCUUGCUGUUGGUCUGUUUGAGUAGUCUGGCAUCAAGCAUAGCACAAGAUGGAAGAUGUACAAAGAAAGUCAGUCGUGUUGUCUUUUACACGGAGACAUUCACAAAAUCAUCAAGGGAAGUAUACUACGAGAAAUGUGGCUUUUUUUACCUUGCAAGGUGUACCCGUUACAGGACGGUGUACUCAGUUGGUUCUAGGAGACCCAGCAGGAUCGGCUAUGUGUCGGACUAUGAGUGCUGUCCAGGGUGGAUAACAGAAGGAACGAAUUGUUUACCAACUCAACCACCAACAACGGAAGCUGUAACAACGACUGCCCGGCCAACCACAACGAAAAUCCCCACCACCGCUACAACAACGACAACAUCACCAUCAACAACAUCUCGAUUUACAAGUAGUCAUAACAGCAACAACAACGGUGACACUCAGCGUCACUCUCGUACCCGAACCUCAACCACCGCCUCGCCGGACAACCACAUCGAAACCUCGCCUGUUUACAUCGGUGGGCAAGGGAAAUCGGCCAGCUUGCUGUCGAGUCGGCCGAUGAUGAUGGGCAUAUCCGCGGUCGCCGUGGUCGUGUUCUUGGCGAUGUCGAUCGGUGGGGUCGUCUGCGGCGUCAGGAAAUUCUGUCCGAAGAAGAAGCCAGUCGGAAGGAUGGAAAAUGAGUCACCAACAAGGAGGGAUAGUGAAGCAGGUAUCCAAACGAACGGAACAGUGCCCAACGGAGCUGUAGGUCAUGGAGAUCGACCAAAAAUCAAACAGAAGGUCAAAGGUCACAAGGGAAAACUGACAGCCACUUCAAAUCCUGGCUAUGACAUCAUGGACCUUGCAGACACUACGCAGGAGAGUUCCUACGAAGCUAUCGACCCUGAGGCAGGUCCACUGAAACCUCACAAAUUUCAAAAGGAUGCUAAAGGAUUUGAAUGCGUCAAUAUGUCGGAUCUAAUGCCCUCAUCGGCGAAACAUCUUCAAACUAGUCCUGUAAAAGGCCGACGCCCAAUUGGACCAGCCGCUGUCACCGAAAACGAGUAUACCGCUUUUGCAGACGAGCCCCGAACUUCACCCGAACCAUCCCAAAAGAAAACAGUUUCGAAGGACAAUAAUAAUCAUCGGAUGGGUGAAUCUAUGGUUGGACAAAGGAAACCCCUUCCUAAGCCUAAACCUUUUCCAAAAACCAGGAGAAAUCCGCAGCCUGUCGAGGGUUCAUCAAACACAUGCGCACCGCCCUCUGCGGCCAAUCAUCUGGUCGCACCUCCUGCGGUAACGGCACAAUACCUUGACAUGUCCAAGGGACAGACCUCCCCACCGACUAAUGUUGAUCGACGCAUCUGUGAGAGGGAAGGUGCGUCACCAAGGAAACCUAUUAAAAAGUUCCCUUCACUGGAAGAAAGUCCCAAAUCAUCCAUCGAGGAUUGCACUGUAGAUUUCCGAUCUAAUUUGUCUGGACUCUCAAGUGGUAAUUCAAAUUUGUAUGACCAUGUUGGUGAGACCAGAUCAGAGCCAACAUCAAGACGGGGAAGUGAGGCAAAGCAUGCAUUUGCUACACAGGGUAUGUAUGUUCUCCCGGGAGACCUAUCCCCUGCAAUUACCAAGAAGUUACAGAGUGUGGCCGAUGAAAAAAUGACAUGUACAUACGUACUAGGAGAUGACGUGCCUGGACUUGCUCCACGCUCCCCUCUAUUCAGUGACAGUUAUGGCCCUGUAGGUAGCAACCACGACAUGGCACGUGAUUCAGCAAACGAACUUAGUAAUCCAUACGAUGUUGUUGUUACGCCAGAGAACAGGAGAAAGAUGCUGAAACCCGUUAUCACGAAACGCGGUUAUGCCGAGCCUCGUCAAGAUAGUAUGGAUCAAGACAGUUACUACGAAAACCAGAGGCGCUCGACAGCAUCGCUUCCGAACAACAGUAGAAAACUGUCCCUUCCCGUCCAGCCCCAUGAAGACGAAGAGGUCUACGAUUUCGUAGAAGUUAAAGACUCUCGUUCGACGACGACGGGAAGACCUCCAAAGGUAGCUCCCAAGAAACCAGUGUUGACCUCAGGUCAGGAAUCGCAGAAAGCCAAGGAAGCAAUAGGGAGGAGUCGGUCGGGUCCGUCCUUGCUCCGAUAUGCAGAACUUGAUUCCGUCUACGUGAAUACAUCCCGGUUUUGAAUCCUCAAGGAUGGCUGCAGAUGACUGUUCAUCCGUAUUACCAAGGAGUAAGCAGUCUUAACAGUUCUGGAUGAUGCCCUUGGAGAAGAGGAAAGACUUCCCAUGGCAUGGAAGGGGUUAACCCUUGCCAGUGUCGUUGUUUGUAUGAAUGCAAUAAAGUAUGGAUGAUAAAAGCUCGCGAAGGUCAUUCAUUAUAAAACUCAUCAAGGACAGACAAAGGGACUAUCUUUACAUCCUUUAGCUGUUCGGAUGGAUGAAUCUAGUGUAAGGGAAGCUCCGAUGAUCCAUUAGGCUUCUGUAUAAUUAUCAUCACCUAAUCAGUGACAUUGUAUUAAUAAGUAUCCCGUCAAAUUGAGAAGCAAUCCAAUCUUCAUAAUUGAUGUAAGCGCUAAAUAAAUGUAUAAUUGCCUGGAAGUCAAGGUGCAAUGGGAGACUAAAUUCUACCGUAUACUUGUCUGCAAUGUCAUAUUUUGAGAUAAAAGAAUAAUCAUUUACUCAAUCUGUCUUGUACUUAUUGAUAAUCUAUAUCAUUGCUGAUAAAAGCUAAUUAUGUCAUGUUAUUCUGUGAUAUCUAAUUGCUGUUGUAACUUGGUAAUGGAGCGGCUUUGGUUUGCCUUUUUCAUGUGUAACUCCUUUCUUUUUAAUUUUUAGAAUAAUCUUGAAUGUAAUGUUAACAAGAAAAUCCAUAAUAUUCUUAUUACAUCUUUAAAGAAAAUAUGCACCAGUGAUUUUUUUUUCAUUGGUGACAAUAUAAUUUGAUCAUUGAAUUUGUGUCGUAUAGUGAACAAAAAUGAAUUUAAGAAAUACCCCAAACUAUAAUAUUAUGUUUGAAUACAACGAAGAAAUAACCUUAGGGUGUUUAUUUCUAAGUGGGAGAGACGGUUAGGUUAUUAACGGGGACAAAAGAUAAAUAAAGAAAAGACGAAGUUGUCAUCAUAUACUCAGAAGAAAGAGUCUAUAAUAUCAACACAAACAAAUUGGUAUAUGUAUUUAUAAUGUAAAUGAUAUUAAUUUUGAUUAGUCUUCUGUGUGGGAGAGUGAACCGGCUGGUACGGUCUCUAUAUACUUGUACAUCCGUCUGGAUAGAAAUACUAUUAUUACUUCUAUUGUAGUCGAUUGGAAGGUGAUUAAUUUUCAUCAUGGUCUACUGACAACAACGAUUAAUUUUGUGUAAAACCCUUUGAGUGUAUUAGUCGUAAAGAUUAUACGUUAUUCGUAUAGGGCCAUACAUGUACUACUGAGGGAGAGAGGGAGAGGGAGACAGGGAAGGAGGGAUGUAACCUUUAGCUGUUUGUUUGUAAUGAAAGAAUAUAAGCACUUUCACAGAAUCAAACGAAAUUGUACAUAAUGCAAUAAAAUCUGACAACAAUUGAGUAAGUAGCAAUGAAAUAUGAAAACCGGAGGCAAGGAAAUCCAAUAAAUUUCGAGGUGUUUUUUGUGCUAUGUUUUGGUUAAAUUAAGGUCUUCAUGUCUUGAAUAGCAAUUCUCCUGUCAAAACUAAAUUUAAAGGCUUAUAACAAUGGGUUUUCAUGGGGAAUUUGACACUAUUCGGGUGUUAACCCAAUAACAAGCUUACGUGUUGUCAGUCUCCGUGAGUAGAAUUUUACUAAUGACAUGUCUUGUGUAAUGUACUGUGCCAUAGUCUACUGCUAAAGGAAUUCUCAUUGUAAUAUCAAAUCUCCCUCAUCUUUGAGAUAUGAAGACAAGUUGGAGUAUUUCUUGAUGGGAUGAUGGGUUCGCUACUUGAGAGACCUUUGCACACACAGACACAUUUAUUGGCAAUUCAAUCAAAUCUGGUGUCAGCAAAUUAUGAUGCAAUACAAAUGGGCACUGACGAUGUGUACUGUUCAAAAUUGCGGCGUCUGUUCCAGGGAAUCUAGUUUAAAGCCAGGAAGUCAUUAUGCUCAUGUGAUAUACUGUUUUGUAUUUUUUUUUUCUUUUGAUCCUUCGUACAUAUUUUGAUGUGAAAUGUAUCUGAUUACUUGUACAUUUCAUUAACACGUUCAAUUGCAAAGCCAAGAUUUUCAACUAUUUUCCAACGAUUUGAAAUAUUUCAUUUAAAGAAUGCUAACUCAUUAAUGUCAAUAACUCAUAGUACUUCCAGUAAUAUUGAUGAUGUAAGGUGUAUUAAUAGAAUAGUAAUGCUCUAUUAUUUUUUUGGUUAAUUGAUGAACUAUAGUUAGAGUUAUCGACACAAUUGCUGGCGAUUUGUUGAUGUAUAUAGUGAUGUGAUGUAGAAAUUGUCAUGAAUCCGAUACUCGAGGAAUUGUAGAUUUAAUCUUGUCGCAGUUUGUUCCAUCAUAACAAUCAAAGAAUUUUUGAUGAGAUGAUAAACUACUCUGUAAAUAUUAUUAGUAGAAAAUUUAAUAAGAUUAUAUUGACUAUUUUAAUGCUUUAUCUAAUUUUUGUAUAUAUAAUUAUUUCAAAUUUCCUUUGAAGGCAGUGUAAUUCACUAAAUGUGAACGAUGCAAAGAGUACUAUAGUUUUACUAUCGGAAUAAUUGGAUCAACAUUAUGCUUCUAACUCGCAGAUAUACUCUAUACAGAACUGCAUUUAUCAGAAAUGUAAAGACGAGAAUAAGUGUUAUUCAAUAAAACAUGGGUGACUAUUAA